CGGCUACCAGAUUUUGCAGCUUUGGGGAGGGGAUAUUGGACAAGGCCAAGCCAGGCGGUUGAGCGCGCUGCCUCCACCUGCGAUGCUACGAGCACUGUACUGUACUGCUUAGUAGGUGGUACUCGAACUUGUAUCGUCUUCUCGUCAUCACUCAUCACUGCACGCGCUGCUUCAUGUUUGCAUGCUCUCGUUUGUGUGGCAGCCGGGAACGAUGCCGCAAACUUGCCUCGAAAAUACCCCUUGGUGAGGCUCACACAAGCACGGAGAGCAAAUCGGCGCGUGCCAGAAGACUCAGCCCAUCUCGAAGUGCCACCAUCGUCCACAAGCACGUUUCAAUGUUGGCUGUCAGGGUUUCCGAGGACGGGUUGCUGCCAACUUCCCGUGGGUGUGUUGCAGUGCAGGCAGUGACAGGGGCAAUGAUGCUACAUCCCCCAUGAUGGAUAAUGCAAGUCGAGAAAAGGAGAAAUGCUUGUAGAAAGAGAAAAAUCAAUAUUGAAUCGCC